AUGGGUAGUGGUACUGAAACUGAAAACCUUGCGUCAGCACGUAUCCCCAAAUUUAACGAAGGAACAACUUGGUCGAAGGAAGAUGACGACGAAAAUGUGUAUAUUACUGAUUAUUCCAACAAUCGAGUUGUUGUUUGGAAAGAUGGCGCAACGACUGGUGAAAUGGUUAUCGGAGAAGGUGCACAAAUUGAGCGAAGUGAUCGUUUACGAAAUCCCAAAGAUAUCAUUUUAGACAAAGCUACCGAUAGUUUUAUUAUUGCUGACGAAGGUAACCGACGCAUUGCGCAGUGGUCAAGAAAAAAUGACUCGGGUAUUAAAACAAUCAUACCCGAUAUCCUUGCAUCGAGUAUCGCAUUGGACCAUGAAGGUUAUCUUUAUGUUUGCGAUUAUGAAAAUCACGAAGUAAAACGUUAUAAAAUUGGAGAAACAACGGGAGUCGUCGUUGCCGGUGGCCAUGGAAAAGGUGCUAAGCUGAAGCAUCUCAGUCAUCCGAUGUGUAUCUUUGUUGAUAAAGAACAAUCUGUAUAUGUUUCUGAUUGGGGCAAUCAUCGUAUUGUUAAAUGGGAAAAAGGUGCUAAAGUCGGUCAAGUUGUUGCAGGUACAAAUAAAUAUUACAGCGUUGAUCCUGAAUCGCUAGCCGAUCCUUUCGGAUUGAUCGUUGAUGAAGACAGAAAUGUCUAUGUUGCCGAUUGGGGUAAACAUCGAAUUGUCCGCUGGGAACCAGGUGCGCCCAAAGGCACCGUCAUUGUUGGUGAAGGCACUAUGGGCAAUGGUUCGACUCAGCUUAGUCGUCCAUUUGGCAUUGCAUUUGAUCGACGCGGUAAUCUUUACGUUAGUGAUUUUUGCAACCAACGUGUUCAAAAAUUUAUGAUCAAUACACCAGAAUAA